GAGAGCUGCUAGCCAUAAGAACGCAUUUCCGAAUUGCGAUCCUCCGAUAAAAAGGCACCCCAUAUCUUGAAAACGAAACCGUUUUGUUGUCAUUCAAAGUUUUCAUGUCAUCUUCUCUACUUCUGCAAAACGCCAGUCUGCUGCACCAAAUUUUUACGAAUCAAAGUACCCUAACUUUUUAAAUUCAAACCCUAACUCUUUUGCUUUAGUCAAAUGCCGCCUAAAGUAGAGAAGCAGCAACCGAUGAAUGUAGUAGAAAUCGCAAGUAGCGAUGACGAAGUCGAUAUUGGUCCUCCGCCAGGUAUGCCACGCAAAACGACGCCGUCGUCUUCAAAGUCGAGGAGACAGCAGCCGCAAAAACAGCAGCAGCAGCAGCAACAACAGCAAGAUAGUAGCUCGGAAGCAAUAGCGGCACCGGUGCCUGCGUAUCGGAGUCUGGAUUGUCGAAGUUUCUGGAAAGCGGGAGCGUAUGACGUGGGUCCCAUAGCUAGCAAGGCCCCUGCACAAGGUCAAUUGGAGCAUGCAAGAGUGCACCCUAAGUUUUUGCAUUCUAAUGCAACUUCUCACAAAUGGGCUUUUGGAGCAAUUGCUGAGCUUUUGGAUAAUGCUGUUGAUGAGGUUCAUAAUGGUGCAACCUUUGUGAAGGUUGAUAAAAUUGAUAUCAUGAAAGACAACUCUCCUGCUCUACUUUUCCAAGAUGAUGGUGGUGGAAUGGAUCCUGAUGGUAUCCGGAAAUGCAUGAGUUUGGGUUAUUCUUCCAAGAAAUCAAAUACAACAAUUGGACAAUAUGGUAAUGGAUUUAAGACAAGUACUAUGCGGCUAGGUGCUGAUGUUCUUGUUUACAGCUGUGCAACUCGUGCAGGCAAAGCAACUCAAAGCAUUGGUCUAUUAUCCUACACCUUUUUACGAAAAACUGGGCAGGAUGACGUUAUUGUUCCAAUGAUUGAUUUCGACAUUUCUGGCAACUGGGCAGAGCCGAUACUUUAUGGCUCACAAGAUGAUUGGUCUUCUAACUUGAAAACAAUCCUUGAAUGGUCUCCAUUCGCUUCAAAGGAGGAGCUCAUGCAACAGUUUGAGGAUAUUGGCCGGCAUGGUACGAAAAUAAUAAUAUACAACUUAUGGUUAAAUGACGAGGGCAUUUAUGAAUUGAGUUUUGACGAUGACGAAGAGGAUAUACGUCUGAGAGAUGAAGCUAAUCAUGGUCAGACAAAACUACACAAAAAAACAGUUGAACUUCGAUCUCAUAUUUCUUAUUGCAUCCGUUAUUCAUUAAGGGCUUAUGCUUCGAUUUUGUACCUAAGAAAAUUCACAAAUUUCAGCAUUGUGCUGAGGGGGAAGCCUGUCCAGCAGUUUAAUAUUGUAGAUGACUUGAAAUAUUCAAAAACAGUGUCAUACAAGCCUCAGGUUGGAACAAUAAAAGAGGUCAAUGUGGAGACAACGGUUGGUUUCAUUAAAGAGGCUCCUGCUCUUUCUGUUUCUGGAUUCAAUGUGUACCAUAAAAAUCGACUCAUCAGGCCCUUCUGGAAAGUCACUGGUGAUGCUGCAGUAAAAGGGAACGGUGUUGUUGGAGUUCUUGAAGCAAAUUUUAUAGAACCUGCACAUGAUAAGCAGGAUUUUGAGAGGUCGUCGUUGUAUAUUCGAUUGGAAGCUAGACUGAAACAGAUGGUUAUGGAUUACUGGAAACGCCAUUGUCACUUGCUUGGAAUUCUGCCUCCUGGUGUCAAAUCACUUGAUAUUCAAAAGCAAGGUGCAGUUAAAACACAAAAGCCAUUGCCUGCUAACCGGCAUAACAUUGAUCUUCCAACUAAUGAAGAGGAAAUGCAUCUGGAUCAACCUAUCACUAGGAGCAAUAGGCAACUUGGAAGCACCGGCCAGAGUGAUUUACCUGUGGAAGAGUCCAUUAUUGGGUUGGCAGCUGGAUCUUACAAUGGAGUUAUAUCUGAUGAUGGUCUUGGAUCUAAGCCAAUUGAUAAGAUAUGUGAAGAGAACAUCGAACUUUUUAUGAGGUGUGAAGAAUACGCAAAGAAGGAGACUGAAUUGAAACAAACGGUUGAGGAAUUAGAGAAAGAGUUGGAACAAGCCAAGAGGAAGUGUGCUCAACUUGCUUCGCACCUGGAGACUAAAAGGAAACAAAAGAUCAUGCAGCAACAAAGUGAAAAGGUCGCAUGAAGUGAUCCUCCUAUCACUGAUCCCUCGAUUGGGUGCGUCAAGGUUCAGCUAUGAUAUUGAGCAUUGCUGUCAUGGUAUUAGGCUCCAUUUUUUUUUGUGAUUCGAGACUGAUUCUUGUCAUCUGCCAAAAUCAUGUUUCAUCUAGUAAGUUUGUACAUAUGGUGGUGGUUUAGACCUCCACUGAAAUGGACAGAAACCUGGACCCGAAUUAUUCCAGAGUAUAUAAAUUUUCAAAGUUUCUUA